UACGCACGCGGAACACCUGUUAUAACAGGAUCCCAUUUGCCAGUAUGUGACAGUUUAGCUCAGCCCAGUCAUAGAUAACCAAAGCAUUUACAGUUCCGAAUUUGUUGUACGUAAUGUGGAACAGUUGUCGUGUGGUUCAGUGCGAGAUACAAUGUUCUGCAGAAGUCGUGCGGCAGCAGAACCAACUGAGAAAGAUGCAAUUCUUCGUGAUCUUCAAACUGCAGCAGUCUCGGAGGAGGAAGAAGUUCUUGUGACACAUAAUAUCCAGAACCAGCUGCUACUAGCAAUGGCGGCCUCACUGGGCUACAUGACCACAGGACUUGUGCGUGGGUUCUCUUCGCCCGGAAUUCCCUCCAUGCAGCAGAAAGCACCCCACCUCGUGCCCAAUGAGAGUGCCGUUUCAUGGCUCAGCUCUGUUCCUCCAUCUGGAGCUUUCGUGGGGAGUCUCUGUGCAGGCCCACUAAUGCAGUGGGUGGGCCGUAGACGGACGCUGAUGCUCAGUUCACCUCUGUGGGUCUUGGGCUGGUGCCUCAUUGCUCUUGCACAGACUUAUGAGAUGAUACUCUUGGCAAGAAUCCUUACAGGAUUCUGCGUCGGUCUUGUCACACCGUCAGUCGCUGUAUAUGUCAGUGAAUGUUCAUAUGCUGGGAUCCGUGGAGUCCUCGGUUCAUUACCAGCGCUCUUCAUGGCAGGUGGUAUCCUGAUCUCUUACCUGAUGGGAGCUUGGUUACCAUGGGACCAGUUGGCAUGGGCAUCAGCAGGUUUCCCGGCCCUGCUGCUUGUUGUUAUGAUACCUCUACCGGAGUCACCUGCCUGGCUGCUCUCAAGAGGUCACACUGCUGAUGCAGAUAAGUCUCUCAAGUGGCUACAUCACCAACCACACACACCAAAGGAAAACAUACCUGUUGAAUUGAAAGAGAUGCCAGUUUUUACAUCAGAGUCUACACAACAUCAAGUUUCUUCAAAUGAAAACUCAAGGAGUGGGUUCAGCAUCAAAGAACUUUUCCAUCUUCCCAUUCUUAUACCCUUUUCACUCACAUUUACAUUACUAAUCUUCCAGCAGAUUAGUGGGAUUGAUGCUAUUAUUUUCUACACAGUCUCUAUCUUCCACUCAGCUGGCAGUCAAAUAAAUGACCACUUGGCUACUGUACUUGUUGGGUUGGUUCAGUUACUUGCUAACAUUUUGUCACUCUUCCUCAUAGACAGAGCUGGAAGGAGGCCACUGUUAAUUGCCUCAGGAGCAAUAAUGUGUGUGGCUCUUGCAGCGUUGGGCACACACUUCCAUCUCCAGAAACAUGGCAUGGCUGAAGGUCUGGGAUUGUUGCCCCUCAUCAGCCUUAUGAUAUUCAUGAUCGGCUUCUCCAUUGGCUACUGCAGCAUUCCUUUCCUUCUCAUGGGAGAACUUAUUCCAGAGAAACAAAGGAGCUUCCUCAGUUCUGUUGCUGGUUCCCUGAAUCUUGGAAUAAUGUUUAUUGUUAUAAAGACAUACCAUGAUCUUAAGAACUCAGUAGGGGAGGCUGGAGCUUUCUGGUUGUAUUCUACACUGUGUCUCUGUAGUUGCUUCUUUGUAUACUUUCUUGUCCCAGAAACAAAAGGCAGAUCAUUAAAAGAAAUAGAGGAAUUUUUUGAGCUGUCACAAAUACCAAAAAAAUCUAAUGAUAGAAACAACAUGGAAGAGAAACAUGCUUCAGAACAAAACACAACAGACACAGCAAUAGAAGUCACAACCAAAACAACGUCAACACAUGGAAGAACAAAUGUAACAGCAACAACAAUUCAGCAGAAUAAAAGAACAACUGUGCAUGAGGACUGAAUCUGAGUAUGCUUUAGGUGUUUGUAUUAUAUAAAUAGAUACUUUUAAGUACCCAAAUUCCCUCUGCUAUUUGUCAUGAGUAAGAUAUUAUGUGAUGCACGAACUAAGCUGUGUAAAUUUGUGAGCACGCGAGUGUUUUGUGUGUGUGUGUGUGUGUGUGUGAAAGAGAGAGAGAGUAGUUUUAUAUGGCAUUGUAAAAUUUUCAACGAAAGCAAAAUCUUACCCAUGUGUCUUUAUUAAUAAGAAAUAAAAUAUAAUUUUCUCCAAAACUAAGCCAAUGGUUUGGUCACAUUCACAAUUACUCUGUGAAUAACUUCAGUGCAAGUAUGUUGUCACAUAUAGGGGGUUAGCGUGACAAAUGACUGUCAUGAAAAGCAUGACAGAUUGCUAUUCUCUAGGUACCUUGUGAUGGUGAAAAGUCUGCUGUUUCUUUCAUGACAGUUCUGGUCCCGAUCCUGGUGUUGUGGAACUCAACACUGCCUGUGACAAUGUCAUAGAUAUGCCUCUGCAACUGCAUCAGGUUAGUCAUAGAGGUUAGCACAUUGGGAACCUGGCUGGCUGGAUGAUGGCUGCUGCUGUUCUUUGUGUGACUUGUCAGUCAUCUUUUCCAUGACUUCCAUUCCUGAUGCCCUAAGGGGCGCAAAGAAGUUUCUUGUCGGUACCUCGCAGAUAGUGGUCAGUAUCACAAUCUGCUGCCCUGAACAGUUGGACAUCAAAUAUAUUUGAAUGCCAUUUACUGUCUAUCAAAAUAUUGUCAAUUUGAUUUUGAAGGAUUCAUAUCACGGUGAUCUAAUUCAUUCUUAUGGAUUGAGGAGUAUUAAAUGAUGAUUCUCAUGUAAUUGGUUGAAUGGCAAGUCUCGGCCUUUUUGCAUGACCUCCUAGUAAUGCCAUGCAGUCUGCUGUUUUCAUGUUAUGUCAGGUGGAGUUGUAUGGACAUGUCAAGUAACAACUUUGAGGAAAUCAUGGUGAAACACAACAUGCAUGAGAAGGAAGAAUUCAAGGCACUCAAAUCCCUCAAUAUUUUCUAUCAAGCUGGAACCAGCAAGCUUGGGUAUCCUGUCUUCUACAGUGUAGCUUGACAGUACAAGUGAGUUUCGUGAAUCAUAAACUAUCUUACAGUAACAGUAACUUAGUUAUUCCACUCUAUAUAAUAUUUCUUUUACAAAGUAAUAUUGUAGUCACACUCAGUAUUAACCGCUUGCAAUAUCUAAUGUAAUAGAAUGUGGCAGAAUUUAUGUCCCCUGCCCUACUCUAUGUACCCGAAAACCUCAGUCCCAUUGGGUUGAGAUUCAAGAUGGCAGACACAUGGGAACAGGAGGACUGUGCCUCUCAGCAUUAUCGUGCCAAAUAAAUGCUAAAAAUGCCAUUUAUUAUAGUCACUGUGUAUUCUUUGUUUCUCUUGGGACUGUACAUAUGUUUUGUAUUUAUAUGACAUAUUCCACAUCUUACAGUCAUUUUGACUAACUUUGGACCCAUGGAAUGCAAUGCAAUGUAAUGUAAUGAAAAAUGUGUUAUUUUGGAAAACCACUAUAUAGUGUACGAGAAGAGUUAAAUUCUGCUAAAUUAAUCAUGAAUCUUCUCCUAAAGGAUUUUGAACUGAAGGAAGUUAACUCAGAUAAGUGUGUCAGUGAAGCAACUAGUGAACUUACUUACUUACUCAUGGAGCUGAGCACUUCUGGAGGAGCUGCCAAUUCUAAAGCUACUCAA